GUUACAUUUAACAGUGAGGUGACAGCAAUAUCAAGUAAGCGACAUGGGUCGGUACCGGAACCGCCAUCUCGAAGUCCUCCUUCUCCACCACAAGCAGAAAAUGUUUACGAGACCGUUUUACCAUGUUCGUCAAAGGAAUCAGAUGACAUAAACGAAUUUGAACAUUUGCGAAGAUGUUAUCGGCGAUCACAAAGCGCUGAUGUUCGUCGACCAUGGUGUGAUAAAUAUUGUCAUAAGCAGUACUGUAAAGAAAAUUGUGAUUAUGAAAGUAAAAAGCAAAAUCAUUACUCACGAAUGCCCCCUCCAUCAUCAUCACAACGGAAAAAACAUCAACGGUGCAGCUCAUGCAGUUCAUCGGAAAGCGAUGGUGACGAUGUUUUCUUAUUAAAUUAUUUGGCUGCAUCUUUUUCUCAGUCUGAUAAAAUUGCAUUAGAAUUAAAUAUGAAGCUGACGGAUUUCUUCAAAGGCAUCCGUUUAAUUCCUUUACCAUUUGGUUUGUAUCAUGAAAACAAUCCGGAAAUGCCUCCUGUUAUGGUUGAUUUUCGUGAGCCCGAUAAGUGGAGGACUCUACCAAUCGUAUUUUCUAAUGAGCAAUAUUUGUACGUUGACCGCGCAGUUAUAUCUAAAUUCUCCGCACUUUGUGCUGAUAUGAUCGAUAAUUUAGAAAAGGAAGAAAAGAAUCUUGUUUUAAAAUUAGAUGGUAUUUCAUUUGAAGCCAUGGAGCGUGUUUUGUUUGUCAUUUCACCCACAAUUUAUGGGAAUUAUCCUAUCCUUCCUUCAGUUUUUGACGUGGAUAUUAUUUGUCCAGUUGCUCGCGCUUUGAAAAUGGAUGCGGUAAUCAAAGUGUGUGAAAAGAUUUUGGAGAAUGAUGUUUGUCCAGACAGCGCACCAGUUGACAUUAUUAUUACUGCUUUUGACACUGCUUAUCAGUGCCAGCUAAAUCCAACAUUACAAGCGAAAUUACUAAUUCAUGUUAUGGAUUGUCAAUUCUGGAAAUUAACCCUUUCUCUAAUUAAUCAAAUCAAAUCACCUUGUUUGCGUAUUUUCUUGUGGAACUUCAGAGAAGUAAAACGUUACAUAACAGUGAUGAAGCAGGCUGCUCGAAAUGGUCGAUUUAUGAGGUAUAGAAGGGCUUGGACUGAAAAGGAAGCAGAUGCUGAAAGUGCUGAAUUAUUUCGAUUAUGUGUCUACACUGAAUUACUCUUUAAUCAUGUCACAGUUACUACACCCAUGCAUAACACUAAAUUAACUUGUGCUCAAUGUGACGAGGAAUCGUUAUCAUAUCAAGCCCGCGUCAACGCUGGACGUCGUUCAAAUAUCUUAAGAAUUGUUCCAGAAAGACUGUUCUUUUGUCAGCAAUGCAAUAUGACACUUUGUUCAGUAUGUGAAGCAAAGUGCUGUGUAUCAAAAGUAAGUAAAUAUUUAGAUGAUGUUCGGAAAGCCGAAAAAUCACCCAAACUGUUAAGGAAACUGAAAAAACUUGUCAAAUUGAAUUCUUCCAAUAAUGACGUUAUACAAUCACUCUUAAUAAGUUCUUAA